CUCUUCUCACCAGGGCGACGGCAAGACAGGAGAGUCGGUUUGCAUCUGUCUCGGCUAGCACACAUCUGGGAAGUAAAGGGCUAGACAAAUGAAACAUUUCUGCCACCCGAGAAAUACAAACUGUGAGGUCACGCGAUAAGAUUCGUUGUCAUACGAGGAAAAUUGUGCGAACUGCAGAAAAAAUCUACGCAUGUGCUGCUGAAACUACAAGUCCCACAUUGCAUUGUGGCUCGACGGUCUGCCGAGCUACGAGUCAUGCGGCUGGAAGUGAGAAUAGUUGUAUCCGCCGAGGCAGGAGAAGAAAGUUCAAAGAAAAAUGCAUGGAGGGGAUGGGAGCGAGGGGAGCGCUCCUCGGAACUCCAGGAUUUCGCCCGCUAAAUCCCUGGAAGUUUCCGACAGCGACGGCACCAAAGACCAGGGCUCCAAGUUAUGCGGUUAUUUGAACAAGCUUGCCGGCAAGGGGCCGCUCCGGGGGUUCAAGACCCGCUGGUUUGUCUACGACCCCAGAAAAUGUUAUCUGUAUUACUUCAAGACUCCCCAAGACGCUCUGCCGCUGGGACACAUUGAGAUAGCGGACGCCUGCUUUAGCUAUGAGGUUGAAGGGGAUGAAGGGCAGUUUGAGAUCCACGCCUCGGGGAAGGAGUUUGUGCUCAAGGCACCAAACAGGCAGGUGAUGAGGUACUGGCUACAGCAGUUGCAACAGAAGAGAUGGGAGUUCUGUAACAAUCGUGGUUCGGCCAGCAGAGAUAGCUGGUCCUCUCCCCCCCUGCCUGACCUGCCCACUGGACUGGUAGCCAGAGAUGCAGAUGCUUUUACUUUUGAGAAGCCGAGUGAAACCACAGAGAGCGUCCGCAGCGAAUUUGCCCUGGAAACCUCGUCUGAGGACCUGGCUGGGGUUGGUGUGACGAGGAACCCUACCUUUCCGCCCACCAACAUCAAUUUCUCCCUCAAGCACUGGGGCACCGAGCUGAGGAAUUCCAUGUCCCAGCUGAGACCGGGCCGAGGGAGUGGUGAGGGGAACCGGCGCAGUGUGUUCUACACCGGCAGCGAUGACUGGGAGAUGAUUGACCCGCCAAGCAGAGAGCUGCAGGAACAGAUGGCUAUGCUGGAGUUCUCAAAGAAGCCUCACCCAGAGGCCCAUAGGAACUCCACGGGUUCCGUGUUCGCCUUCGACUUCGGCCGGACGAACGCACGGUCGAAGCGCCCCCUCCUGAAAGACGUGAUGGGCGGCCCCAGCAAGAACAGCAGAAGCAUUGAGACCUCUCCGGUGGAGUGGAACGGCAGCAAGUCCUCGGAGACGCAGCUCAGGCUGCAGGGCCAGCAGGAGGAGUUGGCCCGCCUGAGGGAGGAGCUCGCCAGCCAGAAGGAGCUGGUACGUCUCCUGCAGCAAACCCUCAAGAGCUCUCAGUGUGACAGGCGGUCUGCUGGGGCUCCUGACAGCCCGCAGGACUCUGUGCAGCUGAUCCAGGAGAAGGACAGGCAGAUCCAGGCUCUGUGUGGCCACAUGGAGAAGAUGGCUCUGGAAAAGGAGAGUUUGCAGCAGGAACUGAGAACUCUGAAGAACAAGGUGGGGGAGAUAAAUGACCAGUUGGGCAUGCUGAUGGAAACCAUCCAGGCCAAAGAUGAGGUGAUCAUAAAGCUGUCCCAGCAGAGCUGUCCCGGGUGCGAGAGUGCAGGCUACCCCACCCGCGGGGCCCCCGACUGCUCGUCGCCAAAUUCCUUGUGCAAGGAGCUGCAGGAGCUGGAUAAACUGAAGGACAGUCUUCAGGGCUAUAAAACACAGAACAAGUUCCUGAACAAAGAGAUUCUGGAGCUUUCCGUUCUCAGGCGGAAUGCUGAAACCAGAGAGAAGGCAUUGGAGGCAAAGUACACCGCCCUGGAGGCCAAGCUGUGCCAGAUUGAGAGCAAGUACCUGGUACUGCUGCAGGAGGUGAAGAACCCUGUGUGCUCGUCUGAGCAGAACCCAGCCCGAGAGGUCAUCUCCAGGCUGUUGGAAGAUGCUCUUCAGGUCGAGAGCCCUGAACACCAGGAGCACACCAUCCUCAAACCCCACCCUGUGAGCGAGUACGAUGUGUACGGUUUCAAGACGGUGCCCGAGGACGACGAGGAGGAGAAGCUGGUGGCCAAGGUGAGGGCUCUGGACCUGAAGUCCCUCUCCCUCACCGACCAGGAGGUCUCCGUGGGCGUGAAGUGGGAGAACUACCUCGCCAGCGUCAUGAACCGGGAGAUGACGCGCACGCCGGAGCUCAAGGCCCUGAUCCGCAGCGGGAUCCCCCACGAGCACCGCUGCAAGGUGUGGAAGUGGUGCGUCUCCUUCCACGUCAAGAAGUUCAGGGACAGCGUGUCCGCCGACUAUUUCAGCCUCCUGCUGCAGAAAGCCUACGAGAAGCCCAACCCCGCGUCCAAGCAGAUCGAGCUGGAUCUCCUGCGGACGCUGCCCAACAACAAGCACUACGCCUCCCCGACCUCGGAGGGCAUCCAGAAGCUGCGGAAUGUCCUGCUGGCGUUUUCCUGGAGAAACCCGGACAUCGGGUACUGCCAGGGUCUUAACAGGUUGGCAGCAAUUGCUCUCCUCUAUUUGGAAGAGGAGGAAGCCUUCUGGUGCCUGAUCGCCAUUGUGGAGGUGUUCAUGCCACGAGACUACUACACCAAGACUCUGCUAGGCUCACAGGUCGAUCAGCGUGUGUUUAAGGACUUGAUGAGUGAGAAGCUGCCGCGGCUUCAUGCCCAUUUUGAACAUUACAAGGUGGAUUUCUCCCUCAUCACCUUCAACUGGUUCCUGGUGGUGUUCGUGGACAGUGUUGUCAGUGACAUCCUCUUCAAGAUUUGGGAUUCCUUCCUGUAUGAGGGGCCUAAGAUCAUAUUUCGAUUUGCGUUGGCGCUCUUCAAGUACAAAGAGGAGGAGAUUCUGAAGAAGCAGGAUUCAAUGGCCAUAUUUAAAUAUCUCCGCUCUUUCACGCGUGCCAUCCUGGAUGCCAGGAAGCUGAUGAGCAUGGCAUUUGUGGACAUGAACCCCUUUCCGCUGAGGCAGAUUCAGAACCGGCGCACCUUCCACUUGGAGAAGGUGCGACUGGAGCUGACGGAGCUGGAGGCUAUCCGACAGAACUUCCUCCGGGAGAGAGAGACCAAUCCCGACGGCAGGAACCUCAUCAGUGACGACGAGGAGGACAAUUAGUGCAGACCUAUCAGCUCUCAGGCCUCCCUGGGGUCUGACCUGGGGAGUGAGGGUAUGACCCAGUGUGAAUACUUACUGACAAAUUACCUGUUCAGGAGAUCUGCAAGGAGGGUCGCGUCAUCUGCGUCCGCAUUGCUUGACCUGGAGGAAUCAUAAGUGUGAAUUACGAGGACCACACAUACUUCCCUUUACCAAUGUUCCAAAACAUCCAUCAUGUUGGAUAGCCGUCCUUUUUUUUUUGUUUGUUUCUUGUUUUUGUUCAUGGGGGGAGGGGCUGAGCUGGGACUGAUAAGUUACUACAGCAGAAGUCACAGUGCUUCCUCUCUGUAUAAUAACGUCACAGUGCUUCCUCUUUUGCUAGUGAAGACCCUAAUGCACUCCAUGCCAUAUAGAAUUUAUUCAGUGAAAAUUAUUUCAGUACAUCAUAUAUAUUCAGUAAAAAUGUUAAGAGUUUAAUGGUACAGUAUAUGCAUAUUUUUCUGUCCUCUGCUGUUCAAAAUUUAGGAGAGUCAGUAGAGUCAUUUUUAGUUCAAAUGUAAUAAAAGAAGGAUUUAAAGGCCAUGGACCAGAAUAGCCAUAAACAUUUUAUUUUAUUAUAUUGUCACCUGGAGACAAGGAUAGAGACAUACAGUAUAGCAGGUCUGUCCUACAGGGACUAUAAUGUUUAAUAUUAAUCCCCGUGUUAGGUUCCUGUUACAGUGAUAAUUUUAUGUCACUUUGAAAUCCCUCUCCCCCACAACUCUCUCCCAGAAUAUUGAACCUUUCUUUUAUCAGUCUUUUUUUAAGCACUUGGGACACUUUACCAUUGUGAUAAAGCAACGGACUGCAUGGUUUCCUCAAUCUACCAAAAGACUGCAGGAUCAAUUCCAGGCAAUGUUUAUUCAGUGAGGUUUUGGUUCAUCCAUUUCUAAACAAGAAGAGAGUUUGGACGGUGGUAUGUAAAAUGUGCUGUGAGUUUACAAGGCACAACAGAAACCACAUGAGAGUAGCAUCAAGACUUUUAUAGAAUCUACAGAUUUGUAAAAGGAUAUGUCUUUCAUUAGGGACUUUAGCUUUAACAGCAUUUUCUGUCUUCAGAGUGAAAUCUGUUAGAGGCAUAGCAUUGCAGGGGUAUGUUUCUGUGUAAAGCUUGCUUAUGACUCAAAGACUCAUGAUAGACUCUAGUUUCUCCCUUUCUGCAGAGAGAUUUCUGAAAAAAUUACAAUGGGCUGCUAAAGUGUUUUUUCAAUACUAUAGACAUCAGUAGGAUUGAAUGCAUUCCCUGGGGUGUCACAUUUAUGUGAACCAUUUAACAUUGCUCCACAGAGUACAGCUUUGACCGGGAAUUAACAGAUCUUGGGACUGUAGAAGAUUUCUAUAUUUAUAGAACUGUCCUGUGAAUGCUAGCUUGCACUUCCCUUUAAAAGGACUUUGGCAAAGGAUUCUUGGAUCUAUAGGCCAUUUGCAACCAAGUGGACAAUCAGGACUGCCUUAGUAUCCUAACUGUUAUUACAUCAAGACGACCUUGAGAAUAACCUGGGUGGAAGAGAAAUUUGAGAAUGUAUCAGGAGAGGUAUUGAAGUCAACAUGCAAGAUGAAUUAGAACUGAAAGGUUCAUAAAGAAAAUCAUUUAACCAUAGCACUUUCUUUCAUUUUUGUUCUGAGCUUACAACAUUUACUGGGUGUCCACAUUCUGCGCAACAGGUUGAAAUUAAUUUUCUCAUUUAAAAAAAAGUACAGUGUUUUUUUUUAUCAUUUUCACAUCUGCUUAAAAAAUGUUUUCUUAUCUUUUUUUAUGACAGAAAAACGUGGAGAAUUAGACGUUUCUUAUAAUGGUC